UCUCUCGUCAGUGUUCUUCCUGCACGUUUUUCAAGAUGGACGCCGAUCUUUACGAUGAGUUCGGAAACUAUAUCGGCCCAGAACUGGACAGCGAUGAAGAAAGCGAGUCCGAAGAAGAAGAACCCGAGGAUGAUAUUGAAGCUAUCGCUGAUAGAGAUGAAGAAGAACAAAUGGACCAAGAUGAAGAACCACGCAUGCAAAUUGUCUUACAUGAGGAUAAGAAAUAUUAUCCAACAGCUGAAGAAGUUUAUGGACCAGAAGUAGAGGCAAUUGUACAAGAAGAAGAUACACAACCAUUAACAGAACCAAUUAUUAAACCAGUGGUAAAAAAGAAAUUCUCACUCAUUGAGCAAGAACUUCCUCUGACAAAUUAUGACAUUGAGUAUCUCGCAGACUUGAUGGACAACCCAGACCUUAUCAGAAAUGUAACUUUGGCAGGACAUUUACACUCUGGAAAGACUACUUUCCUUGACCGCUUGUUUGAGCAAACACAUCCAGAACUUGAAUCAAAAGAAGGCAAAGAUCUUAAUUAUUCAGAUUUUCUGUUCACGGAACAAGAGAGAGGCGUCAGCAUAAAAAGUACUCCAGUUUCCUUGGUCCUCCCAGAUACCAAAGGCAAAUCCUUCCUGGUCAAUAUUUUUGAUACUCCAGGUCAUGUAAAUUUUUCAGAUGAGGUGACAGCAGCAUAUCGGCUCUGUGAUGGUGUUAUGAUCUUCAUAGAUGCAUCAGAAGGGGUCAUGUUAAACACAGAGCGACUACUAAAGCAUGCCGUACAAGAACAGCUGGCUAUAACUAUUUGUAUAAAUAAGAUUGAUCGUCUAUUGCUGGAACUUAAACUUCCCCCUGCAGAUGCAUAUUACAAGUUAAAACACAUUGUCGAUGAAGUAAACAGCUUAUUAAGCACGUUUGCUGAGGAUGAAGAUAUUGUGGUUUCCCCUUUGCUUGGGAAUGUCUGUUUUGCCAGCUCGGCAUAUGGUUUUUGUUUUACGCUGCUUUCCUUUGCCAAGCUCUACACAGAUAGUUUUGGGGGUGGAAUGAAUCCAAAAGAUUUUGCCAAUCGACUGUGGGGUGACAUGUACUUCAAUUCAAAAACGAGGAAAUUUACACGUAAAGCUCCGUUAAGUACUUCUCACAGAAGUUUUGUUGAGUUCAUCCUGGAACCACUUUACAAAAUCUUUGGACAGGUUGUUGGAGACGUAGACACCACUCUACCUGAUGUUCUGGAUGAACUAGGUAUUCAUUUGACCAAGAAGGAGAUGCAGUACAACAUUAGACCUCUACUGAGACUAGUCUGUAAGAGAUUCUUUGGAGACUUCACAGGAUUUGUUGAUGUGUGUGUUCAUCAUAUUGCUUCACCAAAGGCCAUGGCAAGGACAAAGGUCAACCAUACUUAUACAGGACCUUUGGACUCAGAUAUUGUAGAUUCUAUGUAUGAUUGUAAUGCUGAGGGUACUCUGAUGGUGCACACAACCAAACAGUACCCAUCCAAUGAUGCUACAGCCUUUCAUGUGUUUGGUCGUGUUAUGAGUGGCACACUAUAUGCUGGUCAACAAGUGCGUGUCCUUGGAGAAAACUACACAGUGGAAGAUGAAGAAGACUCAAGAGUUGGAUUGGUUGGAAGGCUUUGGAUCUCUGAAGCAAGGUAUAAGAUUGAAGUCAACAGAAUCCCAGCAGGCAACUGGGUCUUGAUUGAAGGAAUCGACCAGUCGAUUGUCAAGACUUCAACCAUAACAGAAGUGACAGGAACUGAAGAGGUCUACAUCUUCCGCCCUCUAAAGUUCAACACUUGUUCAACUAUCAAGAUAGCCGUUGAACCACACAACCCCUCAGAACUACCUAAGAUGUUGGAUGGGUUGCGUAAAGUCAACAAGAGUUACCCCAUACUUACUACCAAGGUGGAAGAAUCAGGGGAGCAUGUUAUUCUAGGCACAGGUGAACUCUACCUGGAUAGUAUCAUGCACGAUCUACGAAAAUUAUACUCUGAAAUAGACAUCAAGGUAGCAGACCCUGUAGUUGCCUUCUGUGAGACAGUAGUAGAAACCUCUUCUCUCAAGUGUUUUGCAGAGACACCGAACAAAAAGAAUAAAGUCACUAUGAUCGCUGAACCACUCGAGAAAGGUUUAGCUGAAGACAUCGAGAAUGAAAAAGUCCUCAUCACGUGGAACAAGAAAAAGCUUGGUGAAUUUUUCCAGACCAAGUAUGACUGGGAUUUGUUAGCUGCUCGAUCUAUCUGGGCCUUUGGACCCGAGAAUACUGGACCAAACAUCUUGGUCGAUGAUACUCUUCCUUCUGAGGUGGAUAAGAGUCUGUUAAACACUGUUAAAGACUCCAUUAUACAGGGUUUUCAGUGGGCAACAAGAGAAGGACCUUUGUGUGAUGAACCUAUUCGUAACGUCAAGUUCAAGAUUCUCGAUGCAGUCAUUGCUGGUGAACCCAUCCAUCGAGGUGGUGGUCAGAUCAUCCCUACAUCCCGUAGGGUCGCAUAUUCAGCGUUUCUCAUGGCCACACCACGCUUGAUGGAGCCGUACUUUUUUGUCGAAGUUCAAGCUCCUGCUGACUGUGUAUCUUCGGUGUAUACGGUGCUCGCACACAGAAGAGGUCACGUGACUCAAGACGCACCAGUGCCAGGCUCCCCACUGUACACCAUCAAAGCGUUUAUUCCAGCCAUCGAUUCGUUUGGAUUCGAGACAGAUUUGAGAACACACACCCAAGGACAAGCCUUCUGUAUGUCUGUGUUCCAUCACUGGCAGAUCGUCCCCGGUGAUCCUCUGGAUAAAAGCAUCACUAUUCGCCCUCUUGAACCACAGCCAGCUACUCACCUAGCCAGGGAAUUCAUGAUCAAAACGCGUAGACGAAAGGGUCUCAGUGAAGACGUCAGCAUUAAUAAGUUCUUCGAUGACCCUAUGUUGCUGGAGUUGGCACGCCAAGAUGUCAUGUUUAACUACCCCAUGUAACACCCAAGCAAAUCAAAUCAACUAUGUAUACUCCUGGUUCUCGUAGCCGAAUCGUAGUGGUUGACUUUUGCUAUGUAAACCAACAUACGGCUUUUCUCAUUUCAUUCUCUUGGGAAUGAUUACGAACCAUCUAUAGAUUAUUUAUAGCCCCACCAAUGAGAUAUUCUGUCUUCUACAUCUAUUAGUAAAGUCUGUUCAAAGCUACAUUUAAAGUUAAAUUUUGCCUUAGACUUAGUGAGGGCUUCGUGUGAGUGGGAAACGAUGCGGGAAAUUUGUAUUCGUACUUGAGUCAUGCCGUAUCUUACCGUGGCCGUAACUACGCGUCGUGAUUGGAUGAAUUGCUUGAAAGACAAUGGGAAGCCAUUUGGAUGUUACGGCAUGUCGUACCCAGUACGGGCUGCAAGUCAGUACCGUACGUUUGCCAUUCAUACGAUAACCAUUCUUAUGGGAAGCCAUUUCAAUGUAACGGAAUGUCGUACCGCGUACGUACCCUUCGUUUCCCACACAUACGAAAAUCGCUUCAUUAAAAGGAAAAAAUAAAAAAUUUUCAAUGUAAUAUUUUAAAACUAUACUAAGUUACUUAUAUAAAACUUGUGAAUUUCGAUUUCAAUUGAAGUUUGGCUACUUGAUGGCUAAAACAAGUUUUGAUUUACUUUCGUAUAUUCUUUUGAUAGAAGCGACAAUAUCUCUGCAGUCGAAGCAGUUUUACUGUGCAAACAUCAUCUAAAUCUUGCUGGAUAUUCUCUUGAACCAUAUCACUCGCCAAGCCAGUGUGUGUAUCUCUCCAAGUAGAUCAAAUGUAAUAGUACAAGACAUAACUCUUUCCUAAUGUGCCUAUCGCAUGUYAUUUUACAUCUACUUUUAUAAAAUUGUACAAAACGUGAA